AUGACUAACAAGUCAAUCAUCAUUCUGAUCCUGGUAGUUCUCCAUAGCUCUUUUACAAAUGGAAAAAUAACAUGUAAAUGGCAGUUGGUUCAAGGAUGGCAUCCACAACCCUCAACAUAUGUUGUGAAUUGGACACUGACAGACAACAUCUGCACUGACUUCUACAGAGAUUGCUCGGUUUGGGGUGUAAACACUAAAAUGAAUAUUUUACUCAAUCAAGUUGUUCCCCAGAUUUGCCCUUUGCAGAUUCAAUUAGGAGACAUCCUUGUAAUUUCUUCUGAUCCGUCUCUUCAAUUUUCCAAGAUAAAUCUGAUGAAUGUUUCUGAAGCAUCUUUCAUUGACUGUGUACAAAAUACCACAGCUGAAGAUCAGUUACUUUUUGGUUGCAAACUAAAAGGGAUACACACGGUUAAUCCACAGUGGCUGAGUGUUGGCACACAUUAUUUUAUCACAGUAAUGGCAAGUGGUCCUUCACUUUGUGAAUUGGGACUUCAACUGAAUGUGACGGUCAAACAACAGUUCUGCCAGGAAUCUCUAAGUUCAGAAUUUUGCUCUGGGCAAGGUAAAUGUCUUAGUGAAGUUUGGAAGAAGACAUAUAGCUGCCAUUGCCAGACUCCAUUUUAUGGAAAGUACUGCCAAGAAUAUGAUACAUGUUAUUUUGGACCAUGCAAGAAUAAUGGAAGUUGCAUUAAUAAAAGAGAAAAACGGGGUAAAGAAGACUACGAAUGUAUCUGUCACCCACCAUUUACAGGUAGAAAUUGUUCAGAAAUAUUUGGUCAAUGUCAACCACAUAUUUGUAUCCACGGAACCUUCAGCAACGUUACAGCUAAUAGUUUCAUUUGUGAAUGUGAUGAACAAUUUACAGGCCCAUUCUGUGAGGAGCUCAUGAAACCUCCUAAUCCUUAUUCUCAUUGGGAAGAAAAAAAUUGGCAAAAAUGCUGCUCUGCUUACAUCUGUGAAUGCCCAAAAGAAGUUCUCAGUCAAAACUGCGAAACUGAUGUCAAUGAAUGUUCUGAAGCAGCACGUCAGAUUGGCACUGACUGUGUCAAUAAACCAGAUGAUGUUGUGUGCAUCUCUUCAUUAAUACAUUCAGGAAAGUUAUGCAAGAUAAAUGAAACAUCACAUAAUUCAUUUUCCUGGAAGGGUAAUGUUGCAUGUAUUAAAUGUGAAGAAGACUACCAACACAGUUGUAUGUCAGGAUUUACUGGAAAAGACUGUGAGAAAGUAAUUGACCAGUGUAGACUGCUCAGCAUCAACUGUCUGAAUGAAGAAUUGUGUUUCAAUGUAAUUGGAAGAUUCACAUGCAUUAUAAGGUAAACCAAAAAAAAUCCUCUGGGUUUUUUGAAGAAAUUUCACUUAAUUCAUCAGUACCCCUGCUACUGUGGAGCUACCUACCAUGAUAUUUGCAAAAACAACUUUUCUCAAUUUGAAUAUGUGUGGCAAUUUGGAUUAAUGGGUAGCUUAGCAUCUAUAUUACAGAAGAGUCCUGCAAAGAGAUGUAGUUGUUUGAGUGAAGAAGAUAAUCAGGAAUAUUUGUGUCUGUGCAUUCCGAGAUGUGCUGCCAAAAGGUGUCUGCAAAAUACAACUGACUAUGAAGAGAACAGGUGCCAACAUGAAAUCUUUUAUAAAGAUGAAGUCAAUACAUCCAGAUGUAGCUGUUCUUUGGGUUACCUUGGCAGAUUCUCUAUUAUCAAUGUUGAAAAUUGCACAGGAAAUCAUAGUACAUCUUUGCAAGCCCUCUGCGUGGCCUACCUGCACAACUGUAACUGUAGCUAUCUACAAAGAUAUGAAAGAAAUAUCUGUGAAAGGCAAACUGAGAAUUGUAAAUCUGCACACUGCAAAAAUGGAGCAACAAAUAUUCACUUGACUUGGUAUUUCUUCUGCAAGUAUAUUCCUGGAUAUAUAGGUUUUGGAGUCGUUGGAGACAAUCUUAAAAUAUUACAUUCCAAAAAUGAAAAUAGUGAUACCACUGGAAUAAAUGUAUGGCUAUUCAGAUUAACUUCUCUGAAGCUGGAAACACAUUUGAGUUCACAAAUUCAGACAAAAACUGCAGCAGAUAUUGACAAGUGUAUGUCCAAAAGCUGUAAAACUCGAGGUGUAGGAUUUUACUAUAGUUGUCUACCAGGUGAACAAAAUAACAACCACCAGGUGAACAAAAGAACUUUACCAGAUAUAGUUGAAGAUCUCUAUAUGCCCUAUGACAAUACAAACCCCUCCUUUUUGACACCAGAAAUGAUACCAGUGUUGAAAAUUGGGAUCCAGGUGUUACCGAUGUUGACCGCAUGUGUCCUGGUGAUUGCUGUCUUCAUUAGAAAAGCCAAGCACCAGCUCCCACAGUAUGUAUUGUUACAAGAUGUGAAACAUACUAAUGAGUAUGCCUCACAGCCCUUUAAGAAAGCAGCCACCUGCAUUGACCAACCAGGUAAUUAUUUCUGCCAAUACAUAGUUCCAUUUAAAGCGCUUGGUGGCUUUUCCUGCUUAUGCAACUCAAGUUAUGCUGGACAAAGCUGUGAGUGGGACACUGAUGACUGCAUCCUGAAUGUCUGUGAGCAAAAUUCCACCCGCAAAGAUCUGCAUCUUUCAUAUAAAUGUGAAAAACACUGCCAUGCAUGCCUGUCUGAUUGGGAAGGAACUUUUUGUGAACAAGAAACCAAUGAGUGCAAAAAGAAUCCUUGCAAGAACAAUUCCACCUGUAGUGACCUUUACAAAAGCUAUCACUGUGAAUGUGCAUCUGGAUGGACCGGACAAAACUGUAGUGAAGAAAUAAAUGAAUGUGAUUCUGACCCAUGCAUGAAUGGAGCUCUCUGUCAUGAAUCUACCAUCCCUGGGCAAUUUGUAUGCCUGUGCCCACCCUUUUAUACUGGACAAUUUUGCCAUCAGCACUCUAACCCCUGUGAUCUACUCAAUGAGCCUUGCAGAAACAACGCAACAUGCCUGACUUCAGCAGAUGGAAGUCAUCAUUGCCUUUGUAGAGAAGGAUUUGAAGGUGAACAGUGUGAAAUUGAUAAGAAUGAGUGUCUUUCUCUUCCCUGCCAGAAUUAUGGUGACUGUGAAGAUGAGAUAAACAAUUUCAGAUGUGUUUGCAGACCCGGGUUUUCUGGACCUCUAUGUGAAACAGAAAUUAAUGAGUGCUCCUCUAAGCCUUGCAAAAAUAAUGGAACAUGUGUGAAUCUUGAAAACAGAUUUUUAUGUAACUGUGAACCUGGAUACUAUGGAUCUUUGUGUGAAUUGAAUGUAAAUGAAUGUAAAACCCAGCCUUGUCCAGGUGGAGAAAAUUGUGUUAACAGCACUGGUGGACAUACCUGUCUCUGUGCUCCUGGGUAUACAGGCAUUGAUUGUGAAGUAAAUAUAGAUGAAUGCCAAUCAGAGCCCUGUCUCCAUGAAGGAGCUUGUAUUGAUGGCAUCAAUCAUUAUAUCUGUGCCUGCAAGAGUGGGUUUUUUGGAAUGCACUGUGAAAGAAAUGCAAAUGAUUGCCUCUCAAAUCCUUGUCUACAUGGAAGGUGCAUAGAUCUCCUUAAUAAAUAUCAAUGUUCGUGCGAUGCUGAGUGGACUGGCACAAGAUGUGAGGUCAAGAUUAAUGACUGCACAUCAAUUCCUUGUAUGAAUGGGGGCUUCUGUCAGAAGUUGGUUCAUGGAUUUACUUGCAUUUGUCCACACGGAUACACUGGUACACACUGUGAAAAAAUCAUCCAUAGUUGUCCUGAGCCUGAUCUAAAUUUGGUCCUCUGUCUGAAUGGAGGAAUUUGUGUUGAUGAACCUGGACCCACUUUUAAAUGCAGAUGCCUUCCUGGAUUUUCUGGUCAAUUUUGUGAAGAUAAUAUAAAUGAAUGUACUUCAUCACCAUGUCUACAUGAGGCAAUCUGUGAAGAUCUUAUCAAUGGAUACAUUUGCAAAUGUCAACAAGGAUGGUCUGGACGUCACUGUGAGAAGGAACUUGAGUACAUUCCCCACUCAUGUACUCCCAGGAUGUGCAUAGAAAAUGAACCUGGCACCACUUGUUUCUGCAUACCCAGAUCUGUGAGUUGCUCCACUGCGCUUCCUUGUGGUGAUGAAAUAAGCAGCAUCACCAGUUCACCUCUCAUCUCCCCAAGCAUCUCUCCAACCAUUUUUACACAAAUAUAUACAGUGCCUCCUUCUGAGAUCUUGUUCAGUAUCUUCCCAUCUGCAAGGGCUACAAAAAUAUGGACCAUAAUGGAUACUUAUCCAGGCAAUGAAGCUCCAAAACACAGAGAUAUUUUCAAGCAUGAUGUUCCUACAACCACUGAUUUGGCAGCAUUAAGUAUUGGCAUAGCUUUUGAAAGCUACUUACUCAAAGAACUGAUUUCCACUAGAGAGCUUUCAGCAAAACAGAGUCUUCUUUCUUCCACAGAUGUUUCCUCUUCUCAGUUUCUGAAUUUUGGUGUUCAUGAUCCAGCACAAAUUGUCCGGGGCAAAACAUCUGCAUCACAUAUGCCUAUUCAAACUUCAGCAGCUACACAAGCAUUCUUUUUUUCUCAUCAGGGAGCAAGGACCCCAUUUAUCAUCUCUUCCUUAAUGACAGAUUUUAUUUUUCCCACAUCAUCUUCAUUAUUUGAGGACUAUCACACUGUUGCCUUUUCUGCUGCCACAAUGAGUUCAGUAAUUAGUAGCAUUCCAGGAGCUGAUAUUAAGUUAAACAGGCACUCAUUACUCUCCCAUGGAUUCCUGCUCACAACUGCUUCCACAAGUGCACCUCCAAUUGUCUCUAGGAGGGCUCAAGAGGAUAUUGAAGAAUAUUCAGCUGUUUCCUUAAUUUCAAGAAGAAAGCACUGGAGAUUGCUGAGUCCCUCAAUGUCUCCCAUUUUUCCUGCUAAGAUAAUUAUAUCCAAACAGGUAGCCAUCUUAAACUCAUCAACUCUCUACCAAUUUAGUACGCAAACUCCCAUUCCCAGUGAAUAUUGGGUAAUUACUGAAGAAUCUAGCAACCAGAGACUCACAAACAUCAAAUCACAGGCUGCUGAUUCUUUAAGUGAAUUAAGCCAAACAUGUGCAACAUGUUCUAUGACUGAAAUAAAAUCCUCUCAUGAAUUCUCAGAUCAGGUUUUGCAUAGUAAACAGUCCCACUUUUAUGAGACAUUCUGGAUGAACUCAGCGAUAUUAGCCAGCUGGUAUGCACUAAUGGGAACUCAAACUAUCACUUCUGGGCAUUCGUUUUCUCCUCAUACUGAAAUAAUACCAUCAGUGGCAUUCACAGAACUGUCAUCUUUGUUUCCAUCUAAAAAGAGUGCAAAAAGAACAAUUUUAUUUUCAUCCUUGGAAGAAUCCAUUACCCUAUCAAGUAAUUUAGAUGUUAAUUUAUGUUCAAAUGAGACUUGUUUAUCCAUUGUAUCUUCCCAAACUAUGUCUUCAGACUUGAUGUAUUCUGAUUUGACUUCAAAACUGACUACUGAUGAUCUGUCAGUAUCAGAAGACAUUCUUAAACUAUCAAGAUUAGGAAAAUACAGUGUAACUAUGAGUCCCACCGAGGCACUAAAUCAAGACAAUUUAUUGGACAUGAAAGAGGGUAAAGUGUCUCAUCAACUGUUCAAACUUCACACAAGUGUUACCUCUCUAGAUUUUGAAUUAAACUUACAACGAUAUUCAGAUGUAACUUUCAAGAUGUAUUCAGAAAUCACACAUUCAAAUGACCUCAAAAACAAUCAACCACUAUAUGCAAACUCACUAUCUUACUUUGCAGAAGUAACUCCUAGUGUUGGGUUUUAUACGGUGACAGCAACUCAACCUCUUCCAAUACAGACCUCUUUACCCAUGUCUCUAAUUAGACCAGAUUGGCCAUAUUAUGUGGAUUACCUGACCUUAACACCUGAUUUAAAGGAAGAGAUCAGGACUUCUUCAGAAUGGUCAAAAUGGGAACUUCAUCCUGGUGUGCAUGACCAAGAACCUCCUGCUGCAGCAGGUCAGAUUCUUUCCAUCACUAGAUCACUUACUUCAUCAUCACUGGAGUCCUUCCCAGCGACUCAACAACUGAUGAUUUCUGAUUUCAGUUGUGUUUGCUAUUAUGGAGAUUCCUAUCUAGAAUUUCAGAAUGUGUUUUUAAAUCCACAAAAUAACAUCACCCUGGAAUUUCAGACCUUCAGUCCUUAUGGACUCCUGCUGUAUGUCAAGCAAGAAUCAAAUUCAGUAGAUGGAUUUUUUAUUCAAUUAUUUAUUGAAAAUGGUACUUUAAAGUACCACUUUUUCUGUGCUGGUGAAACAAAAUUGAAAAGCAUUCACACUACCAUUAGAGUGGAUGAUGGACAAAGGUAUAAACUGUUUAUCAGACAAGAAUUGGACCCAUGUAGAGCUGAACUGACUAUUCUAGGAAGAAUUAUAGAAAACAGCAUAUCUAUUGGUGACAUGCCUGGAAAACCACUGUCAAAAUCAUGGUCUGUCUUUAUUGGUGGAUUACCAGAUCUUCAUGCAAAAACAAAGAUUUUUGGACCAGUUGAAAAUUUUAUUGGCUGCAUACAAGUUGUGGAAAUCAAUAACCAGGGAACUUUCAUUCCAUCCAAGGCAGUGAAAAAAAAUCACAUUGAGAACUGCAGAUCUCAAGAUCUGUCUCCAAUGGCCCCCGUUGUUCCUUCUGUUAUGAUGCAAGUGACCAAUUCCAGAUGUUCUUCCCUCAGCCUCUCUCCAGCUGCGCCACCUGUCUGCCAGGAAAAUGAGUGCCACAAUGGAGGCACUUGCCACCCCCUCUUCCUGUCAAGCACUGUCAUUUCCUUCCAGUGUGACUGUCCACUACAUUUUACAGGCCGUUUCUGUGAAAAAGAUGCAAGUUUAUUUUUUCCAUAUUUCAAUGGGAAUUCCUAUUUAGAACUGCCUUUUUUUACAACCCUGGAUAAGUCAAAGUUUAUCCCAGAGAAAGAACACAGCAGAAUUGUCACCAUCUACUUGACUAUAAAAACAAAUACUUUAAAUGGAACUAUUCUGUACAGUAAUGGGAGUAAUUUUGGAAAACAGUUCCUUCAUUUAUUUCUUGUGGAAGGAAGACCCACAGCUAAAUAUGGAUGUGGAGGCUCUCAAAAUAUCUUGACUCUUUCUGCUAAUUAUAGCAUUAACAACAAUAAAUUCAUCCCUAUCACCAUACGCUUCACGAUGCCGGGUGACAGUCCUGGGUUUGCCUGUAUGAUUGAAAUGGCUGUAUAUGGAAAACCUCCAUUAUGGAAAAAAGACACAGAGGUUCCGGAUACCUCUCAGGUAUAUUUUGAAUCAAUGUUCCUUGGUCAUGUCCCUGAAAAUAUAAAGAUCCAUAAGCAUAUGGGCCAUAUUCAGGGGUUCCAGGGCUGCAUUAGAGAACUUCAAGUAGACAACAAAGAAUUCUUCAUUAUUGAUGAAGCACUUCGUGGGAAGAACAUCAAGAACUGCCAUGUGCCCUGGUGUGCUCGUCAUCUAUGCCAUAACAAUGGCACUUGCAUCAGUGAUAGUGACAACUGGUUUUGUGAGUGUCCAAGGCUGUACUCAGGGAAGCUGUGCCAGUUUGCAAGUUGUGAAAACAACCCAUGUGGAAAUGGUGCCACCUGUGUUCCCAAAUCCGGAACAGACUUUGUCUGCCUCUGUCCAUAUGGGAGAUCUGGACCCCUCUGCACUGACGCUAUUAAUAUUACACAGCCCAGCUUCAGUGGCACGGAUGCCUUUGGAUACACUUCAUUCCUGGCUUAUUCACGGGUUUCAGACAUCAGCUUCAGUUAUGAAUUCCACUUGAAGUUUCAACUGGCAAACAACCACUCAGCACUGCAAAACAAUUUGAUAUUUUAUACUGGACAAAAAGGCCAUGGGCUCAAUGGCGAUGACUUCCUGGCAGUGGGUCUGCUGAACGGCAGUGUGGUUUACAGUUAUAACCUGGGAUCUGGCAUAGCAAGUGUCAGGAGUGAGCCCCUCAAUCUGAGCCUUGGAAUCCACACUGUCCGUCUGGGGAGAUUCUUCCAAACAGGCUGGAUGAAGGUAGAUGACCAUAAAAAUAAGUCUGUCAUCUCCCCAGGAGAACUGGUUGGUCUCAAUGUCUUCAGUCAGUUUUAUGUAGGUGGUUAUAGUGAAUACACUCCAGAUCUCUUACCAAAUGGAGCCGAUUUUAAAAAUGGUUUUCAAGGUUGCAUUUUCACUAUUGAAGUUCGUACAGAGAAAGAUGGCCAUUUCAGAGGCCUUGGAAUUCCCGAGGGCCACCCAAAUGCCGGGCGCAGCGUUGGCCAGUGUGAGGCUUCUCCCUGCAGUUUAAUGAAAUGUGGCAAUGGGGGAACGUGCAUAGAGAGUGGAUCUACUGUUUACUGCAACUGUCCCACAGGGUGGAAAGGAGCAUUCUGCACAGAGACAGUCACUUCCUGUGAUCCUGAACACGACCCUCCACACCACUGCAGCAAGGGAGCAACCUGUAUUUCAUUGCCUCAUGGGUACACCUGUUACUGUCCUCUAGGAACCACUGGAAUCUACUGUGAACAAGCUUUAUCUAUAAGUGAUCCAUCUUUCAGAAGUAAUGAGUUAUCCUGGAUGUCUUUUGCUUCUUUUCCCAUUCGAAAAAAAACACAUAUUAAAUUGCAGUUUCAACCUCUUGCUGCAGAUGGCAUCCUAUUUUAUGCUGCACAACACUUAAAAGCACAGUCAGGUGACUUUUUAUGUAUCUCCCUAAUAAAUGGUUUUGUUCAGCUUCGCUAUAACCUUGGUGAUAGAACUCUCAUUCUGGAAAGUCUCCAAAAAGUAACUAUUAAUGGAAGCACUUGGCAUGUGAUUAAAGCAGGACGCAUUGGUGCUGAAGGCUACUUGGACCUGGAUGGAAUAAAUGUAACAGAAAAAGCCUCUGCUAAAAUGAGUUAUCUGGAUACAAAUACAGACUUCUAUGUUGGAGGAGUAUCAUAUUUACAUCUUGUAAAUCCCAUGGCCAUAGCAAGUGAACCUGUGGGUUUUCAAGGUUGCAUUCGAGAAGUUAUUAUAAAUAAUCAAGAACUGCAGCUAACUGAAUUAGGGGCAAAAGAUGGCUCUAAUGUGGGUGACUGUGAUGGGACAGCUUGUGGGUAUAACAUUUGCAGAAAUGGGGGCAAAUGCAUAGUUAACGGUACAACCUUUGCUUGCAGAUGUUCACCACAUUGGGCUGGAAAUACAUGUAACCAGUCUGUGUACUGUUUGAAUAAUCUUUGUCGCCACCAAUCUCUAUGUAUACCUAGCCAAUCAUUUUCUUACAGUUGUCUGUGUACUUCAGGUUGGGUGGGAAGGUACUGUGAAAACAAAAUUUCAUUUUCAACUGCAAAGUUCAUAGGUAAUUCUUACAUUAAAUUCAUUGACCCAAAUUACAAAACAAGAGACCUUCAGUUCACAACUGUAUCCUUAAAUUUCAGUACUACUGAAACAGAAGGCUUAAUUAUAUGGAUGGGAAAAGCUCAAAAUGAAGAAAAUGACUUUCUAGCUAUUGGUCUUUAUAAUAAAAUCUUGAAAAUAGCAGUUAACCUAGGAGAAAGAGUCUCUGUAUCCAUGAGCUAUAGCAAAGCCACAUUCUGUUGCAACAAAUGGCACCAUAUACUUAUAAUUCAAAAUCAAACUCUUAUUAAAGCUUACCUAGAUAACAGUCUAAUCAUUUCUGAGGACAUUGAUCCACACAAAAAGUUUGUUGCCCUAAACUACGAUGGUAUCUCCUAUUUAGGAGGCUUUGAAUAUGGUCGAAAGGUAAAUGUUGUUACUCAGGAGAUUUUUAAGAGAGACUUCAUUGGCAAAAUUAAAGAUGUUGUAUUUUUUCAGGAUCCACAAAAAAUUGACUUAAUUAAAUCUGAGGGAUACAAUGUUUAUAAUGGAGAUGAACAAAAUUAGGUACACAAUA